CAGAAGGCAAAUUCAGUUGAUGUGGAGCAGAAGACAAGAAAGAAGAAGGAGAGGGGCACUUCAUCCCCCUCUCCAAUUCCAUCUGACUGUUCUGAACGGAAUGGCUCUGCUACCUCUGACCCCUCACCCUCUGACCAACUCUCCUCCCUCCAUCCACCUCCCUCUCCUGUUAAAUGUUCCUCUCAGCCUUGCUCUCCUGCUAAACAACCCUCUGUACCCCGGUCACCUGCCAAAAACCCUUCCCCAGUGAAAUCCUCUCCAGUGGUGUCCCACCCUAGUUCUCCCUCUCCUACCAACCCUCUGGACCGUCAUGGAGACACCAGUCAGGAGGGCACAACAGUCAGACCUCUGUCUCUUCAGGACCACUCUAGUUCAAGGCCCCAGAGACCAGUCUCAGCCACCAGAAGCAUGACUCUUCCCAGGACCAGCUCAGCCACCAGAAGCAUGACUCUUCCCAGGACCAGCUCAGCCACCAGAAGCAUGACUCUUCCCAGGACCAGCUCAGCCACCAGAGGGUCAGAAGAGACCCAGGGGGCCAGAGGAGAACAGGUGGCACUGGUCAACAUGGAACUUCUUGGGUUGCCUAACAUUGGCAACACUUGCUUCCUUAACGCCACCCUGCAGUGCCUCCUGGUCCUGCCGUCCUUCUCAAAGGAAAUCCUGCACCAGGAACAACUCUGGAGCUCCUCCCCCUUCUCCAACCCGCUCAGGUGUCUGUCUGAUGUGCACCAUUCGGGUUUACCUGACAGUGUGGCAAACCAGGCCUCAAAAGCAGACCUCAUGUGGAAGGUCAAGUACUCCUUGUCGGGAUACGAUUUGAAGUAUCUGGGGGACACACAACAGGAUGCACAUGAGUUACUUGUCAAUAUGCUGUGCCAGCUGAAGGAGGAGGGCAUGAUUCUGAAGACACUCGGGAUGAACUAUACCUGCCCUGUUUCCCAGCUGGAGUUCCAACUUGUGUCGGUGCGCACAUGUACCAGCUGUGGGCGCGAGUCGUCUACCAGAGAGGACUACAACCACCUCUCAUUGGACUUCAGCCCUGAGCGCACCUUGCUGAGCAGCCUAGCACUCACUUUCAAAAGUGAAAAGGUUGAAUUCACAUGUGAGGGCUGUAAAGGCCUCCACGCCUCAAAGGUGGAGCAGUUCCACUCACUGCCUCUUGUGCUGGUUCUGCAUCUGAAGAGGUUUGGAGGACCUGGGGGGUUGGAGAAGCUGGAGGCUCCUCUUUUGUUUCCUUCGGAGCUGAGGCUCUCCACCCUCUGUGGGGACAUGGUGCCACACCUGCACAGUGCCAGCCCACAGGCCCUCACCAACCAGGUCCCCAGCAUUCAGGGGUCCAUCCCCCAGACCCUCGCCAGCCAAGUCUUCAGCCCACCUGGAGAGGCCAAAGACAGCGCCCUCUGCUGUUCAGAAGCAGAAGCCAGUACAGUCAGUGAAUGGUUACUACCAGCUGACUGGCGUAGUCUCUCAUUUGGGAGGCUCCGCAAACUCCGGGCACUACAUUAGUGACAUAUUGCAUGCCAGUGGAAACUGGUUCUGCUGUAACGACAGCCAGGUGUCAAUGUCCAAUGAAGCCACUGUGCUGAGGACCAGAGCCCGGAGUGCCUACAUGCUCUUCUAUAUGUUCAGGUACUGCUUACUCUCACCAUCUAUAUUCUUGUGUUGCUAUUUAUGUGUACGGUUCCUUUCACCCUACAGGGCAAUAGAGCGGGAGGCCCCAGCACACAGGGCCUAACAGGGCCACCAGCAUCAGCCCCAGCCUAAACAGGGGCAGCACCUGGACCAGCCUCCAAACACUCAGACCUGUCUCAACAGGGGUAGUACCAGGCCCAGCCUCAAACCCCCAGCCCAGCCUCAACAGGGGUAGUACCAGGCCCAGUCUCAAAACCCCCAUCCCAGCCUCAACCCUCACACACCUGCCUCAAAAGGGGUAGCAUUUGGCCCAACAUCAACAACCCCGAGCCCAGCCACAACAGGGGCAGCACUGGGCCCAACAUCAACACACCCAGCCCAGCCUCAACAUGGGAAGAACCAGGCCCAGCCUCAACAUGGGCAGAACAAGACCCAGCCCCAACACCCUCAGACCUGCCUCAACAGGUGCAGCAUUCAGCCCAACUUCAAUCAUGCUGCUCUUCAACACUAGCAUGAACAUUCUUUCAGUAGCUUGUGUCAUAAAUACCUGCCCUUGAUUUGACUACUUCACCUAAUGUAUAAAGCGUAUAAAGUAUACACACUAAAUGUAGUACACAUGUAAAUGUGGUGGAUAGAGAGUGUGAUUAUUUAGAGGGUACAACUUCCCUUCUAUUUGGUUUGGUUUGAAAUCCUCCUGUUGUGAAAUACACUGUGGUGUCUAACCUCUUAUUCAGCAUGGUCACACCGGAAGACCUGCAAUAUUAAUAAAGACAAGCAAAUGUAA